AUGUCGACUCUGGGAGGCCGCCGCGGGAUGAGGCCUAAAAUGAUGAUGCCGUUUGAUGCCCAGCCGCCUCAGCCGGUCAUCUCAGCUCACCCCAUCCACUCCCUGGACUCGCUCCAGCCUCAGCACUACCACAGCCUGGCCUCGCCCACGCGCACCUACCUGUACCACCCCCAGGCCAGUGGAGGGCGCUACCACCCCUGUGCCUCCCCCAUCGCUCACCUGUCCCGGGGCGAGUCUAUAGAGUCGGUGAGGAACACGCCGUGCUCGGACGCCCCUCCCCCGGCCUCCUCGCAGCUCUCCUCGCAGCUCUCCUCGCAGCUCUCCUCGCAGCUCUCCUCGCAGCUCUCCUCGCAGCUCUCCUCGCAGCUCUCCUCGCAGCUCUCCUCGCAGCUCUCCUCGCAGCUCUCCUCGCAGCUCUCCUCGCAGCUCUCCUGUCCCUCGGAGAUCACGGUGGACCCGGAGGGGAGCUACCACGGCAGCACCACGGAGGAGGAGGGCAGCUAUAGCGGCAGCCUGGCCCCUCUGCGCCCGGUGCACGCACACGCACACCCGCUGAAGAGCUUCGCAGUCCCCGCCAUCCCCCCGGGAGCCCACCCCUCCUACGAGAACCCCGCCCUGCCCUGCACGCCCCUGCUCACACAGAGCGGCGCUCCCAGCCACCCCCACGUGGUGAAGACGGCCUCCAUCGGGACCCUGGGCCGGACGCGGACCCCGAUGAUCGUGACGGUGCCCAACGCCCCGGACGUCCCGGAGACCAGCCGGAUGUUGGAGGACGUGGACAGUGUCCUGGCCUCCCUGACGCCCUCCUCCGCCUCGCGCAGUAACGCCCCCCCUCCUGUGCCUCUCCCGCAGAGCUACGAACCUGACGAGCUGACGGAGGAGAUGGCCCACCUGGAGGGCCUCAUGAAAGACCUGAACGCAAUCACCACCGCGCCCUAG